AUGCGAACGAGAGCCAACGACCCACAAAAGGUGACAGAACUCAUGCAGAGUAUAAGUGAAAUCGGGCUUCAAGUUCCUAUUGAUGUGCUUGAGGUUGACGGCGAAUACUACGGCUUUUCUGGUUGCCAUAGGUAUGAAGCCCACCAGCGUCUAGGGCUGCCGACCAUACGCUGCAAAGUUCGUCGUGGAACAAAGGAAACUUUAAGGCAUCAUCUCCGCUGA